AAAACACAUCUCUUCACUUCGACUCUCGAGGGACAAGUCUUAGUCGGCGCUCUGCACAUUCCUCCACCUGCCACAGAUGCCCGCACGAUGACUUCGAGGCUGCUGUCCUCGCGGCUCUCCUUGCCCACCAAGACAGCCCUCGCGCGAACACCACCACCUCGUCCCAUUCUAGCCACCGCCCGCUGCCUACUGCCUGCCACACGAUCAACCACCCACUCCGCCUUGUCUGGAUCCCACAGCCCUCUACGAAGAUGGACACAGCGCAAAAUAUGGCCUGCGGGCGCAAAUGCCAUGCACAACCUCCCUGCAGUCCGUCACGCUUCGUUCGCGCGCGUCAUACCGAAACUGUUCGUCAAACUGGUGCGCAUACCGGCCAUGAUGGGCCUGACGAUUGCUGGUGGCCUCGCAUACGUUCAAUAUCAGACGGCACAGGCAGGAGCCUAUGCGGUGGAUCUGUUUGGCAGAGCGAAGGAUGCUACAGUGGGCGCUGUGAAUGGUGUCCUGGGAGGACUGGGAGAUGUGUUUGCGCAGGUCAGCAAAGGCGCUGAAAGGACGAAAGAAGAUGCGAAAGCGAUACAAAUGCCGCAGUGGAUGAAGGAUAUCUACGAGGGGCGGGCUGACCGUGAAGAGGGCGGGGAAGGUGGUGGUGGCCGUGGCCGUGGACCGAAUGAGCCACAGCAGAGUAGAGUGGGCGCUGCGGGAGCGGGCGCUGCUACUGCUGCUGCAUUCGCACUGGAUUCCGAUGGGGAAGAGGACGACAGGGCACGAGAUGAAGCGGCGAGGGACGACCAGAUGAUGCUGCUCACGAGGAAAAUGAUCGAGAUACGAUCGCUUCUGCAGACUGUCGGGCAGUCAGAGACCAUGACCCUCCCAUCCAUCGUCGUGGUCGGCUCACAGUCGUCAGGGAAGAGUUCAGUGCUGGAGGCCAUAGUAGGCCAUGAGUUUCUCCCCAAAGGCUCAAACAUGGUGACCAGACGACCCAUCGAGCUCACUCUCGUCAACACGCCGAACGUAGCAGCAGAGUAUGGCGAGUUUCCCGCUCUUGGUCUCGGCAGAAUGACCGACUUCAGCCAGAUUCAGAAGACUCUGCUGGACUUGAACUUGGCUGUACCUGAAAAGGACUGCGUUUCAGAUGACCCAAUUCAGCUACGGAUAUACUCGCCCAACGUCCCCGACCUGUCUCUGAUCGACCUUCCUGGAUACAUACAAGUCGAGGCCUUCGAUCAGCCCACAGAGCUUCGCACGCGGAUACAAGAUCUCUGCGACAAAUACAUUCAACCUCCGAACAUCAUUCUCGCCAUCUCAGCUGCGGACGUCGAUCUUGCGAACUCGACCGCACUUCGAGCAGCACGUCGAGCAGACCCCAGAGGCGAGCGAACAAUCGGUGUUGUGACCAAAAUGGACCUGGUCGAUCCUGUGAGGGGCGCCCAGAUCUUGUCAGACAAGAAUUACCCCCUUCGAUUGGGAUACGUCGGUGUCGUGUGUAAGGUGCCUCAAGAAUCGAGAUCCCUGUUUUCUCGAGGCGCGCAGAACAUCACAAGUCUGAUUACGAAGAACGAGUCGGCCUUCUUCAGCGCGCAUCCCGAAACAUACGGCCCCGAGUCAAAGGCCAAUGUCACUGUUGGCACACCAGCACUCCGAAAGAAACUGAUGCAUGUGUUGGAGAGCACCAUGUCUGCGUCACUCAAGUCCACGAGUGAGGCCAUCCACCACGAACUUGCAGAGGCAUUGUAUGAGUUCAAGGUGCAAUACAAUGAGCGAACACUGAGCGCAGAGAGCUACCUUGCGGAAUCGCUCGAUGCUUUCAAACACGAAUUCAAAAAGGUAUCAGAGCAAUUUGGACGACAACAGGUCCGGGAUAUCGUUAAGCGCGAGCUUGACCAACAAGUGUUGAACCUGCUCGCUCAACGGUACUGGAACAGACCAGUGGACGACCUUAGACCCGUCGAUCAGAGUUCCGAAUCGAUACAGGAACCACUCCAGAGCCUGCCCAAAGCAGAUCCUGAAAAUCCGCUUUGGCAUCUCAAACUCGAUGCUUCGACAUCGACCUUGACCAAGCUUGGUAUCGGACGAUUGGCAACGACCGUAACAGCACAAGCUCUCCACAGCGCCGUGCAAGGUCUCAUCUACAGCACACCAUUUGCAUCACAUCCUUUCGCCGUGCAAGCCAUCACAGCAGCAUCGGAAAACAUACUCAAAGAUCUCGCCUACGACACAUCGGACGAGUUGGAAAUCUGCGUCAAGCCAUAUAAAUACCGAGUCGAAGUCUCUGACCAGGAAUGGAAGCAAGGCCGCGAAAACAUCUCGAAAGUCCUCAAAGACGAACUACAGUCAUGCGAAAGCGCACUGAAGAGUGUAGAAGACCAGAUUGGCAGCCGAAGGAAAGCCAAAGACGUUCUCGCCUUCAUCGAUCGGGUACGAAAAGGGGAGACAAUCCUCGAAGGCAAUGGGGUCGGAGGUGCGGGAGGUUUCUCAUCAGCACUCCUGGAAAAGGGCAAAGAAGCCCUGUUCCUCCGCGACCGUUCCGACAUCCUUCGCAUGCGCUUAAUGGCCAUCAAGAGUCGCCAAUGCGCUCAAGCCAGCAACAAAUACUACUGUCCCGAAGUCUUCCUCGAUGCCGUCGCCGAGAAACUCACAUCUACAGCUGAUCUCUUCCUCGACGCGGAACUCUUGUCGAAAUUCUAUUACCAGUUUCCCCGUAUUCUGGAAAAGUGGGGUCGAGAUCUAGAUGAGAGUACGGUUGAGCGGUUCGCGAGAGAAGAUCCCAAAAUUCGAAGACAUCUGGAUGUGGUGAGACGUAAAGAGUUGCUGGAGCAUGUGCUGAAGGAGAUGGAGGGCUUGAGACAACUGGAGGCGCGGGAGAAGAGGAGUAGUCAGAGGGGGACCCAGACUGAUGAGAGGAAGAGGAAGGGAUGGUUGUUCUAGAUGAGUGAACCCGUUCGAGGUUGUGUACAGACUACAGGGCGUUCGGGGUUCUGGUUUCAGCAGAACAUGAUAUCCACGAUGACUGACCAGCAAGGGCCGGGCAAAGCAAGCAAGCAAGCGAAGUAUGUAUUGAGGAUUUCAGAUUCCGCUCUAUGGAUGCGCCAAUAGAUCUAUCUUCAGCUGAUUCUAC